GAGAGGGACGGCCCGGGCCGGCGCGGCGCGGCUCCGCCCGGAAGCCCGCCGCCUCGUGAUUGCGCAGCGCAGCGUCCUGCCGAGCCCAGCGGAGCUGCCGCCGGCACGGCCCCGGCUCCGGCAGGCAGCCGCCGCGGCAGGCCGGGCGCCCCAAGAUGAAGCCAGCCGGGACGCUGCGGCAGGUCUCCGACUUCAGUGACUUCAGCCGAGGCCACUGGCUGCAGGAGUUGCUGUGCCAGGGAGAGGAGCCCAGCCACGUCCUGUCCAGCCCCGAUGGGCAGCACCUCUUGGUCCUGCAGAAGAGCCGGUCGCCCCCACUGCCCCAGGUGGUGGCCUUCCAGCGCCACGGCGUCGGUGGAGCCGACCUGGAGAGGAACUGGCAGCAGCCCCAGCCAGCCCUCGUGGGACUGCUCUUCCUGCAGAGCCCUGGGACAUCGGGCUCCUCGGCACUGGCCCUUGUGUGGGAACACGGCCGGACCGAGGUCUGGCACUUCGUGGUGGCCGUGGGCUGGCAGCUGCUGCAGACGUUGGAGCUGUGCCAGGGUGCCCGGGCACGAAUCGUCUCCGUGUGCAGCCAGGGAGCCAGCCUGGUGUGGUGUGAGGAGAGGCCUCCCCUGGAUGCCCACUCGGACAUGAGCAAGUGUGCCUUCAGGUUCUGUGUUUGCACCCGGGCUCUGGAGCUGGGGGAGCACGGCGUGCGGCUGGGCACCCUAAGGAUAGUCCUGCACAACAGCCCUGAGUACCAGGUCCUGGCCUCCCCCCAGCACAUCUUCCUGGUGCCUGCCACUGCCAGCUUUGCCACCACUUCCAAAUUCCUCCUCAUCUGGCAUCCCGAGAAGGCAAAGCUCAUCAUCACAGCCCCCUCUGCAGGCUUCGUCCACAGCAAGGCGCUGCGCUCCGGCAGCGAGUCAGACUUCAGGAAGCUCCUGCUUGGUUCUGUGGGUCUUCUCUCAUGUUUGGCACCACUGGACAUUCACACCUCUGCUGUGUCCAACAGCGGGGGUCUGCUGCUGGUGAGCACGAAGGGUGCCGUAAACAUGGUGGAGACAGAUGGGACACAGAGGCAUGUCUUUGACUUGGAGGGGGGGCCCCUGGCCCAAGGAAGUCCUGUGCAGCUGAAGACCUUUGGCAGCAUCCUGGCCUGCGUGCUGGCUGGGGUCCUGUACCUCGUCGACCAGAACAGUGGAAGGCUCAUAGAAAAGAAAAUCCUGAACAUGAAAGAGGUGCAUUUCCUGGAGUCCCCGGGAGAGGAGGACAGCAUCCAGCUCCUCGCUCAGACAGGCAUAUACAGCUUUAGCUUCUCCAAACCUGAGGACAGCAGUAGACCUGAACCGUGCCUGGUAGAGAUGGUGUUCGAGGAGGCCUGCAGAUACUACCAGAGGAGGAGCCUCAGCAGCUCCAAGUUGACAGUGGAGAAGCUGAAGAAAGGUGGUGUGUUCCAGGCACCUGUGGCCCUCGCUGCCAUCCUGCAGCACAGCCUCUGCCAGAAGCAGAAGCCAGCCCGAGGCCUCCAAGACACUUAUACCAAGCUGUUGAGCACAAUGAGCCUGGAGCUGCAGAGCUACAUGAGCCUGGAGCUCCUCAAGACCUGCGUGGUGUGUGCCCCAGAGAGUGAAGUGGAAAACUACUGCGAGGAACUGGUGGAGCAGGAGGUCAGCCGCGUUCUGCACUCUGACAUGGACAAAGACAACUUGGCCUACCUGAACUCUGUCUUUGCCUCCUUCCCCAAGGCUGCCUGGAAGGCCACGAGGAGCUGCCUGCAGCUGCAGCAGAAUGGGGAUGGCCUCUUGGUAGCCAGGGCCACCCCGGAGGUGUGGAAGAAGGUCCUGGGAGGGCCGCAGCAGGAGGAGGUGGGUCAGAAUGGGGUGGUCCCGCUCUUUGAGCUCAUCUGCGCCUCCUUCCUGAGGUUCAAACCCAAGUGGCUGCCCAGUUUUGUGGAGCUGACCCAGCAGUACGUUAGCAUCUCUUGGGCAUACAGCAGCAAGGAGGGCCCAGAGGGCCGGGUGCCGCUGUACAAGAGAGCGCUGGGAGUACUGGCCAGGAAGAACAAGUGCAGCGAGGCAGAUGAUGAGAUGGAGCUCGAACUGCUGCUCUGCAGCAAGAGGCCUAAGGCUGUGCUGCAAGCUCUGCACCUUCUCAUCCGCCUGAAGCGGUGGCAGCGGGUGGUGGAGGUGGCAGAGAAGUUCUCCAAGCUCAGCCCCUUGCUUAACAAGGAGAUAUUCACCACGCUGCUAGCAGAGUUUGCCCAGCACCGGGAGCUGGACCCUUAUCUGGACAUGCUGUGGCCGCUGUGCCCCGCUGAGCUCACCGCCUCGGACAUCCUCACCGUGGUCCUGCAGCACCUCCCUCGCGCCCAGGAGGACCCAGUGCCCUUCUCCAGCGAGGGGAACCAGCUGACUGUAGGCUUGCUGAAGCCGCUGCUGCAAAGGGUUGUGCAGCGUCCCUGUAUCCGGGAUGAGAUGUACUCAGAUGCCUUACAGAGCCCUACCUUCCCCCCUCCCACCCCACCCCGAGAGCACAAGAUCCCCUCAAAAGUAGCGGCCGAUGAUGCCCCUCAGCCUCCCACGGCAAGGACUUCCUCCCCUUCGGUGCUGGUACAAGGUGACACUGUGUGAAGGGGGGGAAGCACAACGGGAUCCCAAGCCUUGGGUGCCCACGGAGGGGAAAGCCGCAUCCACUCCAGGAAAUCCUGCCCUGCCUGCUCCUUUCUGAAGCCUCCCUGCGGCAGCAUCUUGAAGAGUCGGUUGGGUGGCUGGGGUUGGGGGAUCUUGUCUGAAGCCAGGGCAGGCUUUCUAGCUGUUUCUAGCAAGUGCAAUGUGUGUGCCCCAGUGGAGGAGCAAAUGCCGGGUGCGUUUGCAGAUGAAAGCACUGGCUGCACUACAGGACUAGAGAACUGCUCCCUGCUCAAAGCACUUUGGUUUUGGUUUGCCUGCCUCCUUUAUAAUUUCCCUGACCCUCUAGGAGUGGCAGGCAGGGACACGCAUGUUCUUUUCCCCCCAGAAUCUCUGCUCAGUGGGUUGGGUGGUGCCUCCAAGCUCCGCCUGUGAGAAACAGUCAUGUUUCUUGCAGUGGGGUCGCCGAGUCCUGCUGCUUUGGGUUCAGUCAGAUGCUAAAUGCCAGGGUGGCGCGGCUCUGUGGUACUGGAUGUCCCAGCAGCCGCGCUGGCAGCUGCAGCACUUUGCACGCUGUCUCACUGCAAUUCCUCUGGGAUCGGUCCCGUAGCUGUGACUGAUUGCAGCUACUUAGCUGAAGAGAGCAGCCUAAUUCCCUUAUCUCUCCAUCCCAGACGGUACCCGAACUCUCUUCUGAGCUGAGAAGCUGGCAGCAGCCUGCGUGAGCUUGGGGCUGGCCCUGCCUUUCCCUUUCCUUUGUGGAAGCUUAGAUUAUGCUGCAGGACGCCCAGGCCCUCUGUUCCCAUCUCCUCUACCUUUGCCCUUAGCACACAAAGGGGCUUUGUCGGGAUUGUCUGGCUCAUAUUGUGCCUCUGUUUGCAAAGUCAGUGUAACUUGAGAGCAGUCCUGCAGGAAGAUCCAGGUUCCAGCCUCUCCCGGUGCUCACCGCCUGGCCCCCUCCUGCGGGAGAGAGACCCUGGCUGUGGCUUUGCCCCUGCAUUCGGGGCUGUGGGGUGAAGGAGCUGUGUCUUGCCUUGCUGGGCUGGCAGAUGGCUGGGAUGGGACGGGGGGGGUUCACCUGCAUUAAUCCUCUCCGAGUGGGGUUAAGUGUGGAAGACAGACUCCUUUUAAAAAUAAAGGUUCCUAAAGCA